AUGUUUGCUCCCAAGACAUCUGCACCCACCUCUAGUGGCUUAACCAUCAGCACACCCUCCACGUCUCUUUUUGGCAACACCAAUACGCAAUCCAAUACAAACUCCACCUCCAGCUUGUUUGGCAACACUCCCGCUACAACACAAUCUAAGCCUGCCACAGGUGGUCUCUUCGGCAACACUCAGCAAACCCCUACCACAAGCUCAGGCAUGUUCGGCACACAGCAGCAGCAGCCGCAGGCAGCGGCGACUUCAAGUAUAUUCGGCAACCAACAAAAGCCAGCUGGCUCAACUCCUAGCCUCUUUGGAAACCAACAAGCCCAGACAAGCUCAGGGUCGAGUUUGUUCGGUAACAACACAAGCACAGUGGCGGCGCCAACAACACAAAAUACGCAGUCAUCGGGGUUGUUUGGACCGGCCGCCACCACUCAGAACCAGGCGAAGCCGGCGUUUAGCCUUGGAGGGUCGACAACAGGAGGCGGAGGCUUGUUUCCCAGUCAACAACCGCAGCAGCAGCAACAGCAACAGCAGCAACAACAAGCCAACAAGCCUACGCUCAACGUUUUUGGGAACGCAACCACCAACCAAGCUACCCAGCCAUCCUUGCUUCAACAAAGCACUGCACCUGGCAAUGUCGUCCAGGGAGUCAAGGUGGACAUCAGCAACCUCCUUCCUACCACCAAGUUUGAGAGCUGCUCCGAUGAGCUGCGUCGCGAGAUUGAAACCAUUGACAACGCCAUUCUCGGUCAAAUGAAGCUUUCCCACGAGGUCUCGGAUAUUCUGCCCACGAUUCAAUCUCAAGGCGCCUCCAUCCCCAACGAUGUGGACUUUGUGCAAGGCAAAUUGGAAACAAUGCAGCAUGCAUUGGAGAACGACGCCCAGGAUAUCGAUCAGCUUCGCAGCUUGGUCGCCCGCAACGCCGCGGAAGCGGAAGUUGCUUUCCGGGCCAUCGAUACGCUGAAACUACCUCUGCAAUACCAGACGACGGGUGGAAGCUGGUGGUCAGUGCAAGACCAGAAGGUGGCGGAUCGGUCUUCUUUGCCCUCCGGUCGCAAGAACACUCUUGCGCUGCCCGACGAUGUCGAGGGUGACCCUACAACCGCCAAGAGUGUCAACGGCGUCCCUGUCAACCUCGUGGAUUACUUCUCUCAGCGCUCUGAUGAGAUGACUACGGUCCUCAAUCGCUACAAGGGCAACCUGAAGGAAAUCGAGGACCACUUGCAUGGGGUGGAGCUUUCGCUCAAUCGUCAAAUCACUGACUUUAUGAGCAAGUCUCGAGACGGCCCCGGAGCAGGAACUCCGAAAACGGUGAUCGGCGACCUUGCGGCUGUCUUCGAAGAUGUCCAGGUGGGGAUUUUGGGCGUGGCGUCUCGUCUGGGGACUGCGUCCGAACAAGUUCAGGAACUGACACUUGGGCCCUUGACUACGGAGAGCCGCUACGCUCACUAA